GGCCCAAGGUCCUCAACACGUCAUGCAAGGUUAGGUCUGACACUGGGCUUAGCUUCAGUUGAACCAUAGCUGCACUCCCAUUACCUUAAUAUAUGCCUGUACAUGAAUAGUCCCUUCCGGGUAUAACCAGAUAGAAAAUAAUCCUUGAACAUGGCAGAUGAAGAAGCUGCGCCCCCCGAGGCAGCCCCUGAGGAGGCUCCACCAGCUGAAGCCCCCGCCGAGGCUACAGAGGCGCCCGCUGAGCCACCCUCAGACGCGCCACCAGCAGACGCGCCACCUGCCGACGGAGCACCCCCUGCGGAGGGUGGAGAGGGAGCUCCGGCUGAUGGGGCGCCACCUGCUGAGGGCGCUGAUCCCGCUGCGCCGGCCGAGCCUCCAGUGCCCGCAGGACCCCCUCCACCACCAGUAGACGAGAAAGAGCUGGCUGCAAUGUUGAAAAAACAACGGGAGGAAGAGGAGGAAAUGCGCAAGAAGAUCGCGAUUGAGAUGCGUAAAGCGGAGUUAAGAGCCAAGAUGGAGGAAGCUUCCAAGGCUAGGAGGGCCAAGAAGGGCUUCAUGACACCAGAGCGUAAGAAGAAACUCAGGCUUUUCAUUCGCAAGAAGGCAACUGAAGAAAUUCAGAAGGAGAAGGAGCGACAGGCGGAACAGAGGUUGAGGAUCAUCGAAGAACGAUGCGGAGAACCAGAGGACCUUGAAUGGGGGAUGGAAGAGGACAUUGCGGAGGUCUGUGAGGAAUACUGGAACAGACUCUAUCGACUGGAAGGCGCCAAAUGGGAACUCGAACGACAAUUUAUGUUCCAAGCUUAUGUGAUUGAAGAAAUCACUUCUCAAGUAAACGACCUACGAGGAAAGUUCCAAAAGCCAGUAUUAAAGAAGGUGUCCAAGUAUGAAAAUAAAUUCGCUAAGCUUCAGAGGAAAGCAGCAGAAUACAACUUCAGAAACCAAUUGAAGAUGGUCAAGAAGCCAGACUUUAUCCUGAAGGAUGAAGAGAAAAAGAAAAGGGAGGCAGAGGAAAAGAAGGUGGCAGAGGAGAAGGCUGCGGCGGGAGAGGGCGCCGAGGUUGCGCCAGCGCCAGUAGACGGCGCCGCACCAGUAGAAGGAGCGCCACCUGCGGCCGAGGGAGAGAAACCUGCAGAGGGAGCGCCACCUGCCGAGGGAGAACCCCCAGUGGAAGGCGCCCCACCACCUGCCGAAGGUGCGCCACCAGCAGAAGGAGCGCCACCAGUCGAGGCACCACCACCAGAACCUGUAGAGCCACCACCCCCACCCCCAGAACCAGAACACACCGAGGAGGAAUUGUGGCAGUACCUGAAGGAAGCAAUUACAACCGCCUGCCCACUGACAGUGGAGGAGUUAGUCAAGAAAAUGAUAGACACUGUACAACAAGUACCUCCUGGAUACCUGAAACCCGUAGUGGAGGCGUCCAUCAAGAGAUCUCAGAGUUUAGAUUUGGGCGGUCUUGCCCUAGGAGAAGCACCCCCAGCUGAUGGCUCAGCACCACCACCAGCUGAAGGGGCGCCACCAGCAGAGGGUGCGGCCCCUGCACCAGUGGCACCGGCAGAGGGUGCUCCUGUGGCUCCUGCGGAUGGCGCUGCUCCCCCACCUGCUGACGCAACACCCGCACCUGCCGCUGAUGCACCUGCUGAGGCAGCUCCAGCGCCACCAGCCGAUGCUGUAGCGCCACCUGCUGACGCACCUCCUGCAGAAGCCGCGGCUGCGCCAGCCGAAGCCGCUCCUGCUGCUGAUACUCCCGCACCUGCAGAAGCUCCUGCCCCUCCUGCUGAAGCGCCUGCCACGGAGGCUCCUGCUGAAGCUACCCCCACCCCUGCUGAUGCAGCCCCUGCUCCCGAGCCUGCUCCAGCCCCAGCUCCAGAGGCUCCAGCGGAGCCUAAGUACAGCGGGCCCAUGGUGGCCGCCAUAUUGGACAACCCUCUGGGCUGGGGCAUGGUAGCAGAGAACCAAGUCUAACGAUAUAUCAAAGAUCACCGAAUCCGACAACGAAUCUGCUCAAAAAAAGAGCCUAAACUACUCGAUAUCUCGUUCGAAUUCGACUUCACUUAUGGCUGGAGUGAAAAGAGUCAUGGUUCGGAAGUUUUAAUACGUACCAGUAGUAAUGCCAGUUGUUAUACAUUUUGUAAAAUAAGACGAUGAAGAAUAAAAUUGUGUCUUACAUUGUAA